UAUGGCAAAUGCUAAAGUCCUGAAAGAAUGGAUGAAAAAUGAUUUGCAUCUUGAGAAAGUCCCUGAAAUAGAUCCAUCAACAUUCAGGCGGAAACUCGGAACAAAUUCCAUGUCAAAAGCCAUUUCAUGGCUCACGAAACAUGCAAAAAGUAAAUCAAAAGCCGAAACUACAAAGAAAUUAGCCGCUCUGUCCAUUCUAAAGGAAAACCAAAACAAAUUAGAAGCAAUUCAGGAUUCGAAUAAAAAAUUAAAAUUACAAAUGGAAGAAACUAAAUCAAAGAAUUUAAGAUUGCAAUCUGAUUGCGAUUUACUAGAAAAAGAAGUCUUCAAUAGUAAUGUAUCAAAUGUGGAGGAAUUAAAAAUAAAAACUAUUCUGUUAGAUGCUUUCGUAAAGAAGACUGGUGAACUUAUUAAUCUUCUAGAAGAAAUGGUUAAUGCACUCAAGGUUCGCCAAGAGAAGUUUUACGUUGAUAAGCAUAACAGCUGUGAUAGGAACAUUUGGAUAGAAGUAGAAGAUAUAUUAAAGCAGUGUGAACCUAAAGUUAUCUUUGAAGGUCUGUUAACAUCCACUCUGGAAGCUAAUGAGCGUCUUAAAGAUAGGACCGCCAAUAUCAAUAUCUUGAAUGACGCGGAGAAUUUAAAGAUGAAAUAUAACAAAGGAAAAUUAGAGGAUGUUUCAGAUUCUAACCAAACUUUAGUUGCUGUAAAAGAAUUAAUUAAAGAAGCGGAUGGACAAUUCAUAAGAACAUUUUUAGACACAGAAAAACUUUUAAACAAUUCGACUCAACUACAAGAAAAAUUUAAUGAAAAGAUGGAGAAAUGUGAAAAGGAUUUAGUCGAAAGUUAUAGCCACAAUGGACUAAAUACUAGUAGAGAGUUAUUACUUUCUCAUAUACAUUUAAAAUCACAAGAAGCGCAACUACAAACAGCAGAAAAGUAUAAAAAAAGAAUGGAGGAGAAAGUGAAAAAUUUAUUGAGUAAUAAAUUAAAAUUAGAAGAAAAACAUAAGCAAAUACGCAAUUUCUCCAAAGCAGCACAGAAGAAGCAAAAGUUUAUACAAAUUUUAGUUAAACGUAAUGAUUCAAGUUCUAGGUCUUUACCUGACUGGAGUAAUGUUAAAGAACUCAUUAAACAAAUUGAUUCUUUACAGCAGUCUGUUAAAGAUGGUGUUCUUUGCCAACAAGGAAGUUUGGAGCAAGAGCUUGCUCUAUUUAUUGAAAUUGAUUUUGAGAACAUACUUGUCUAUGACAAAGACGAACUCAAAGUGAUUAAUCGUAUGGAUGGAAAGAAAAAGUUGUUACCUGCUUAUCAUUCUUUAAAUGUUUGUCCAAACAUCUAUGAUAGCACGGAAUUAUUGACUGUUAUGUGUAGGAUGGUUAUGUUUGUUUUAUUUUCUAGUGUAAAUUCUAUUGAAACUGAUACGGGAGACGAAAGUCGGCUGAAAGAUUGUUGUACAAGAUUAAUUCAGACUCAACAGGAGAUAAAAGAAAAUAUGAUAAUUGAAAUAGUUAAUAUUGUCAAGAGAAAUAACGAUUUAGCACGUUAUUUAAACGAAUCGCAAAUUGUUUCUAUAUGGUGGCAAAAGCCAGCUCUAAAAAUAGACACUGGCGAGAAAAUUAAUGAUAAAAGUUUACAACAAUGGUUAUACCAAUGUUUUGAAGGAAUUUUAAGGCUAAGAGAUGAUAAAUAA